CCACACCUGUACAGUAGUAGGUACAGUUAGUCCUUUCCAUUAGGUACCCCCUGAGGUACGAAAGGUACCUUACGAUACCUACCUACCACCUUAGGUACCUAAGGUACCAGGUAGGUAAGGUACCUUACGUACUCUCGUACUGUACAGGUAAAACUACCCCGAGUUUUCGCUUCCUUUUUCACCCCGCCCCGCUGGUUUUCCUUCCUAGGUACUACCUUACCUACCUAUACCUACCUAAGGUACCUAACCUGGAAGGUUCCUUGUCCUGUACGGUGUACCUUACCUUUAACUUACCUUCCCCAUCAGCCUACCUACCUACCUUACCUUACCUUACCGACCGGGCUUCUGGGCCGCACUUCUCUGGGCACGAAUCCACCAAGAACCCUCUCCUUGCUUCUUUUCUGCUUCUGCUUCUGCUUCUGCUUCUGCUUCUGCUUCUGCUUCUCCUUCUCCGGGAGUAAAGUUUCUCCUCAUCGUCCCAUGAGGAAGACGACCGCAGCAAGGAGUAUUACAGGUAUUGCCGCUGUUAAGUUACUCUGGACAUCCACGCCUCCAUCAUAUUUAUGAUAUGACCGCGCAGAAUUACCUUAGCCGUCGAUGCUCUUCCACCUUCUUCUACUCUCAAGGAUAGGGCAUUACGAUCAUAGUGCCUCUGCUUUAGGGCAUACGACACGCAGAACCCUUUCAUCUUGAUACAAUUUUCAGAGUGAGUAACUACUGCAACGAACCUGCUCGUCUAGCUCAAAUUCUUUUCACCACUCCCCACCUCACAGGGCCCUCAAGGCUGCGGAUGAGCUUUGCCACCCCAAUUCCACAUUCACCGAACUUCGCCUCGCUGAAUGUUUUAUUCUCUCUUGCAAAUUCUCGUGCCUAGAUCCUCUUACCAUACAACGAACUUACGUCUAUGCAGGGCACCUGCCUUUGAUGAAAACGCGUUGGUAUACGUUGUGUCUUCGGCCAGCUGACCUGCAGCUUUGCCACCCACCUCAGCUCCCAGGACCAGCAACUCGUCACGCGCUCAAUAUUUGACAAACAAGAGUACAAAUUCACUUGUGAAUAGUGAUACAACAUCUCAGCAUUGACAGAAUGAAGUUCGGUCGCGAGUUUAGAGACGCUUUGGAAAAGGAAGGCUAUCCCGCCACGUGGGUAGAAACCGCAAUUCCCUACGGACAACUCAAGAAGCUCCUGAAGAAGAUCCAAGAGGAACUCGAAAGCCUCGGUCUGAGUUCGGCUACUCUCGCUCAGCUGCACCAAUCCAGUCCAGAUGAAGAAGACCGCAUCGGAAACGGAACAGGCGUUGCUUUUCAAUAUGACUUCGAGGGAGGAGAAAGGUUCAUUCCAAAGCUUACUUUCUUCAUCAAUAUCGAGGAUGGAACUCCUGUCGACGCGGAGUUAUCACCAGCCACGCGGCGCUACUUCGAGGCACAAGCGUCAAGACACCAUGGAAAUACAGAUCGCGGAUCAUUUGACUUGGAUGGUCAAAUAGAUAGCCUUGCGACGGAAGAAACCACAAUUGUAGAUGAACCUGAAGGUCUUCGGCGAAUAGACGUGCAACUUCGUUUCGAUGCGGAGUUUUUUGGUCUGCUCCAGGGUGAUGUUAACUCUCUUGAUAGUCUACAGGCUCAUGAGCAAAAGGUCUUGGCGGACGAAAUCCAAGCAUUAUCUAUAUCUAUCACCGAGGUUGCAAGGCCCAAGACCUCGUCAUUUCAUAAAAGUGAUCUUAACAGAUGGAGAGACCUUUUCGAUCUAUACCUACAAGCAGGUGUCUUCUUCUCCACCAACGAAUAUGAUCAUGGUAGUCGAACCAGUGCUAUGGCUGCUCAGAAGUUGCAGUGGUUCCAAACAGAGGUGGUCAAAAGAGGUAUUAUGGGCUUGUUCAAACUGAAAGCCAGUCACACUGCAUUGCAACAAUUUAUACAGAUCAAUCUUGGAAUCCUCCAGAACCUCAAAUUCCAAGAGAUCAAUCAGCGAGCCAUCACAAAGAUUUUGAAGAAGUUUGACAAGAGGACAAAUCUCGGUGCAGCGAGAACUUUCCCGAAGCUUAUUCAGACGGAUUCUGUCAUGCCCGGGUCCAUGGCAAAGGCUGUUUGCAGUCAGAUCUCUCAGGAACUUGUCCAGAUCGUUCCCCAGGUUGAAGACUUUGCUUGUCCAAUAUGCUGUGAUAUUUGCUGGCGGCCCAUCCGAAUGAAGUGUAAGCACCUUGUUUGCAUUCGCUGCACGAUUCUUCUGCAGAGGCAAAAGAAGCGGAAUUGUCCUCUUUGCCGAGAAGAUGUCAUUUUGAAAGCUGAUACAGACAGCAUCGACAGGGACCUAGAGAGAUAUCUCAGGAAGUUUUUCCCUAAAGAAGUCCUCCAAAAGCAAAUUGCCAACGAGACAGCGGACGGCAUUGAGAAAUUUGGACCCUAUUACGUCCAUCCUUCCGAAGCAAAUUGUGCUAUAAUGUAAAAGAGCUGGUUAGCUUAUUUACAAAAAAGAAGAAGCGUCAGGAAGUUGCGAAUGAUACCCCUCAAGACAGCCUUUGUAUUGUACUACGUGUUGUACAUAGCGUACACAGAAGCGUUUAUGUUUAGUCUAUCCGUGGGCAUUUGCAUGAUGAUACAAACGAUACAUGAAUCUUCGUGCAGAGAAUUUGAAGUUCGAUACUACCAGAGUCCUAAGCAGAAGAUUUAAAAUAGUCUCACUGCAACAGGAACUGUGCGCCAUAAAUAUAGAAGUUCGAGAGAAAGGCAUCAUGCAAGCUUCAAAGGCAGCCUUCUAUGUGGAUUUGACGGGAUACUUGACUGCUAAAAUCUUCUCUCUACACUGAUGCAUACAGGCCUUGAGUCCUCUAAGAUCUCCACCCUUUCGAUAUUAUCCCAAGCUUAAUGCACAAGAGACCCAACUGGUCCUAACUACGAUCUGCU